UCCGAGGGAAGCCACACAGCCACGGCCAGGCCGCCACCUGUGUCAACCAGCCUGUGUGUGCGGGGCGGGCGGCGACAGGUAUAUUAGGUGGAGCCGAGCCUUUCCAAAGCACGUAGGUCCCUCUCCGUGAACACUGCGACACUAGCUAACCAUGGUGCUGAUCAAGUCAACAGUGCUGGCGGUGGUGCUGGCGGCGGUGGCUGUGCAGGGGCUGGACGUCCUCCCCUGUGACGAGAUCACCACCAUGGCACCAGGAGAGAGGGUGGCCAUCCAGUCACCGAACUUCCCCCAGCCUUACGACGAUACGUACAGGUGCCAGUAUGAGAUCACCUGCCCAAGCGAGACAUCCACCUACUUGGAGUUCAUCUGCCCAGAAUUCCAGCUGGAGGAUUCCACCGACUGUGCCAACGAUCGUCUGAUAGUCACGUACAGGGGCUCCCGCGAAGAGAAGUGUGGCUCAGACAGCCCCGACGGCACCAUCACCUCCACGGGCUGGGCGCGCCUCACCUUCGCCAGUAACGCCGACACCACCGACACGGGCUUCCGCUGCUACAUCUGGUGUCGCGAGAAACCUACCACCACCACCGUUGCACCCACCACCACCACUCCCGCUAAAACCACAACUCCUGCUGAAACCACCACCCCUGCCAAAACCACCACCCCUGCCGAAACCACCACCCCUGCUGAAACCACAACCCCUGUAGAAACCACCACUCCCGUUGAAACCACCACUCCCGUUGAAACCACCACUCCCGCUGAAACCACCACUCCCGCUGAAACCACCACUCCCGUUGAAACCACCACUCCCGCUGAAACCACCACUCCCGUUGAAACCACCACUCCCGUUGAAACCACCACUCCCGUUGAAACCACCACUCCCGUUGAAACCACCACCGUUGAAUGCUAGAACUUAAAGAUGACCCCAAAAAGAGUGUACAAACCAGCCAUCUUGAAGCAAAAUCUAUACUUUCUUAUGACACCUUUCCCAGUUUUCCACCAUCUUCUUCCUUCCCAGUGUCAAUAUCGUGUAGCAUGCUGUAACUUUGAUGGGCGGUGGUUUAACUAAAGCCAGAUAAGAGUUUCGGCUUAUCAAAUAUGAGGAAAGUGUUAAUCUCAACGCGAGAGGCUGGAGGUCAUUCUUGUGGUUCUGACGCUGCGCGGAGUUGCCUCAUAACCACUCUUGAUCAUCGGACGCUUAGAACAUGUCAAGGUUUCCGAGGCAACUUCAGGGGAGAAUCUUGGAAUAAAAAGCAAUCACAUGAAAAUUU